CAAACAAUUUUUAACCCCAGACUUCCUUCUAAUAUUCUAUUCUACAUGCAUUUAUAUUAAAAAGAAUGCAAAAAAAGCUUUUACAUCAAUAAAGAAGAACAUAACUUUUCUCCUUCUCCUUCUUAUGAGACGCAAAACAAUCAAUGUUUAUUUGAAACACCCAAAUACGGUCUAACCGCAGUAACCACGUGAGCCGCCGGUUUAGUCCGGUUUUAGACUGGUUUAACGGUUUAUUUUUCGGUUUUAUGUUCAAACGGUUAUCUGCCAUUGUAGAACCGGAUGUAGGCCCGGUCCGGUCCGGUUCUGAUUACCUUGGUUUUAACAAUUACAAUAAAACAAGUUAAAAAAAAAACUCAGCAUCUUGAUAAAAAUAAAAUGCAGCAAUUUCCCCUUGCUGUAUUAUCACUAUCAGAAACAAAAUUUGGAAUCGUCCCGAUCUCAACUCACUUCCCCGGAAAACGCUGCCGCUGUUCGUCGGCGGCCGCCAGAAGCAGUGAUAAACUUCUCCAGUAUCAAGAAUGCAAUUCUUUGGUGGUUCUGAGAUUAGUCCGUCGCCGCCUGCGCCAACUGCUUCAGGAAACAAUGGCCAUAUGCUGUAUGUUUUCAAUAGAAAUGGUAUAUGUUUGCUUUAUAGAGAGUGGAAUCGCCCCUUGCAUACGCUGGAUGCUCAACAAGAUCAUAAGUUGAUGUUUGGUCUGCUCUUCUCACUCAAGUCUUUAACUGCCAAGAUGGAUCCCACUAGUGCCGAGAAAGGGAACCUUGGUGUGCCUCAGUUACCUGGUCAAGGUUGUUCAUUUCACAGUUUUCGCACUAAUACAUACAAACUUAGUUUCAUGGAAACUCCUUCUGGAAUAAAGAUUAUCUUGGUAACUCAUCCUAGAACUGGUGAUCUCCGGGAUUCCUUAAAGUAUAUCUACAAUUUGUAUGUUGAAUAUGUUGUGAAGAAUCCACUCUAUACACCCGGAUCUCCUAUCAGGUCUGAGCUGUUCAAUACAACGUUGGAUCAGUAUGUAAGAGGCAUUGCGUAAAAGCUGAAUGGUUACUAUUUACCAUUAUCAAUGAUGAACAAAUGUGUUGUAAAAUGCCUUGUCAUGCAUGGUGGUCACUGCAUUAUCAGUCACAGACUCUUGGGAAGGCGUCGCUUGCUGUUUAUGUUUAUGUUAUUGCAAUAGAUGGUGUGACAAUGUUAAUACUUUGAUCGGAAUUCAUUGCCCAAAAUUUAAACCAAAUGAGUUCUUGAUUAUUAUUUUGUCACUUUGUUACAUAUGCACUGCAAACUCAUUUUGGCCUUUGUGGAUUGUACUGAAUUUUUUUUUGUAUAAUAUGAUUCUCUUUGCCAAAGUUAAACCUCAAGCUUAGUA